AUGUCCUCCGACCAGGAGGUCGGCGGCGGCCCCACCGGCGAGAUGGAGACGGUGGAGUUUUCGUCGACGGAAAAGGAGAGCGACGGAGGUGGUGAGACGGUGACCCCCGUGGUCUCCUCAGAUGAGGCGGGCGGUAGACGACGAGGGAUAUAUCCCGUUCGGGUCGGCGGCUUCGUCGGAGAGGCCGGAAAACGAAGAGGAUAUAGAGGCCCGCCGACGAGCCACGAUCGGCAGGAUGGUGGAGCGGCAGAUGGAGUGGGUUGCUGCCGUGAGGGAGUGGAGGAGGAAGCUGCAGUAAGCGGAGGAGGAGGCCGCGCUGUGGACACCGGCACCUCCUCGCAGGCGCCGUUGCCACCCACGACACCGCCGAGGACGCCGCCACCACCACCGCCGCCGAGGACGCCGACGCCAAGGACGCCCACGCCGCCGAGGAGGCCGACGCCACCGUCGCAGCCACCGCUGCCGCUCGCGUCGCCGCCGCCAAGUCCGCGGCUGCAGAGGCAGGCGUCGUCCCCGGUGGCAGCACCGCCCAAACGACCCACGUUGUUGCGGGGAUUCUCCCAGGAGGCAACCUGGGAGGUCACCGAGGACGCGUGGCCGGACACGGUGCGCGUGGAGGCGGAGCGGCAGCGCCGUCGAGGGAAGACCCAGCGGUGA